CUGCUGGUGCCCUACGACACGCUGACGGCCAAGGAGAAGGCGCGCGACCGCGAGAAGGCGCAGGAGCUGCUCAAGUUCCUGCAGCUGAACGGCUACGCCGUCACACGGGGGCUGAAGGACAUGGAGUUGGACACGUCCUCCAUCGAGAAGCGCUUCGCCUACGGCUUCCUGCAGCAGCUGCUGCGGUGGAUGGACAUCUCCCAGGAGUUCAUCGCCCACCUGGAGGCUGUGGUGAGCAGCGGCCGCGUGGAGAAGUCGCCCGAACAGGAGAUCAAAUUCUUUGCCAAGGUC